AUGGGAACCGCAUUGGUCGAUUCGCUAGACAUGGUUACAAAUGAUCCAUUAGACAAUGGUGGUGUUUUAGAUUUGAGUGUGAAAAAAGUGAAACCAAAGCAACAGCGAAAAUCAGCUAAUGUGUAUGCGCAACAAUUAUCAUUGUUACUCUCACCACCAUCAUCUACCACAUCGAUGUCAUCCCCAUCUUCAACAGCUUCUCUAUCGCCUAAAACAAUUGCUACCACCUGUCAUAUUCCAAAAGCCAUGAAACGUCCGAUCGCUGAAGAUGCACCGAUAUCCAUAACACCACCCACACGUACAACAGCAAAACGUCCAUUAAGAUUUCAAUGUAAAUAUUGUGAUUACAAAGCACCAUCAACGUCAUUAAUGCAAAAUCAUAUUUAUCGUCAUACUGAUUUGACACCAUAUUCAUGUGCUUAUUGUGGUCAUAAAUCGACAACAAAAUCUACCAUAAUGGUACAUAUUGAACUGUGUCAUCCCAACAUGGAAGUAAAAAUUUUAGAAAAUCGUGUGAGAGAAACAGAUUUCUAUCAUGAUUUAAGCACUGAAAACAAUAAAUCAUCAUCAAAAUUACCAUCACCAAUGCCGACUAUUGGAUUGAAGAAAAAUAAAUCAAACAUUAAAAGUUGUUCUUCAUCAUCUACAAGGAUUGUUGGAGAACCAACUAUGAAAAAAUUACGUUCAAAUAGUUAUGAUGAAGUACCAAUUAAUGGUGUAGCUAUAUCAUUGAAAAAUAUCACUGAUUCACCCAUAUCCGAUGGUUAUAGUGAUGAAGUAGAAAAUGUUGAACCAUUGAUCGAUGAAGACUUUGAUAAUAAUGAACAUGACAACGAUGAUCUACUGACAAAUGUCGAUCAAACCGGACAACAGCAGACGUUAAAACUAAAAAUUGAAGUUGAAUCGUAUAAUACUAUUCAUCAAAAUACAAAAAAAUAUGACGACACACAAAUUGAUGAUAAUGACAAUGAUUACAUAACAGUAUUCAAUAGGCCAAAACAGUAUUUUGGCAGUUUAUAUGAACCGGACAAACAAUAUGCAUGUAAACUAUGUUCAUACACGACAAACCAUCGACCAUCAAUGGAAGAUCAUGUUUUUGUUCAUACAAAUGAGAAACCAUACAAAUGUGGCUAUUGUGGUGAAGAAAUUUACACAAGAUAUGCUGCUACAUAUCAUAUUAAAUAUAAACACACUGGUAUGGCAAGAAAUUUUAUUCAAAAUAAAGCUGAUGUAACUCAAUAUUAUGUUAACCGCGCACGAAAAGAAGAUGAAAAAAAUCAAUUUAAAAUUAUUGAUACCCGUCGUGUUCGUUUACCACACAGAGGAACAUCAAAAAUUGAUCAACCAUCAUUUAAACUUUCCACUGAUGAUACAAAACCUGCUGUUAGUGUGACACCAUCACUACCAACUACAAAUUCUCCCUCUCCACCAACAUCUACCAGCACUGCUACUCCAUUAUCAUUGUUGAAUUCUCCAACUAGUCUCACAAAUGGCCAAGUUGAUUAUCGUUUUCUGUUAGCUUGGUCCUAUUAUUUAGCAUCACAAUCUUGGCUAUCUCCUCUAUUUUCACAACAAGAAGCAGCGAUUCUAAAUAAUUCUCAACAAAAGCAACAGUUUAUUCAAGCAAUGCAAGCUGCUGCUGUUGUAGCUGCAACACUCAAAACUCCUCCAAAUAUUUCAUCGUCAUUAUUGGAAUCAGGUAAAACAAUAUUUGAUGAAGAUGAAUCGAGUGAUAAUGGAGAAAUAACUGUAAAAGUAGAAUGUUUUAAUGAAACAGAACAAUCACCAACAACAGUCAAUAAUAAUGAUAAUACAUUAGUGAUUAUUAAAGAAGAAAAUCAAGAAGAAUAA